AUGGGAAAAGUUGCCUUUGUUGCCGGCGCCAACGGCAUUACAGGCCCUUAUAUCUUGGAGCACCUGUGCAAGAACUCAGAUGCCUCCGACUGGAGCGAGUUCAUCGCGACGUCCUUCUCCUUGCUCAACAUACUUGUCAAGGAUGAUCGCAUCAAGUUCAUCCUGCUCGACUUCACCAAGCCAGCGUCUGAGCUGAUCGACGCUAUGCGACCCGUGUGCGGCCGCGUGACGCACGCCUUCUUCUCGUCGUACCUGCAUAAUGACGACUUUGCAGAGCUCAACGUGGCCAACGCGCGUCUGUUUCAAAACUUCAUCGAUGCGCUGCUGGCUGUGGCACCCAACCUCGAGGCCUGCGUGCUACAGACGGGCGGCAAGCACUACAACGUGCACCUGGGACCGGUGCCUUCGCCGGCGCGUGAGGAAGAUCCGCGCAUCGAGACGUCCAUGGGCAACUUUUACUUUGCGCAGGAGGACUACCUCAUGGCCAAGCACAAGGAGUCGGGUGGGUACGACGACGUGUCCGACGCGCGCCUGGUCGCCGACAUAUCCGUCUGGGCGGCCACCACGCCGUCGGCUGGAAACGAGGCCUUCAAUGUUGCCAACGGCGACACCAUCUGCUGGCAGCACCUCUGGCCGCGUUUGGCCGCCUACGUUGGCGCCAAGGCUAGCUCUAACCAGGCCUUCACGAAGCCGCGCCCGAGCGUUGGCCAGACGCAGCUGGAAAAGAGCUUAUACGAGUAG